UACAAUUGUAUUCAUCUUCAAUUGUGUUUUGUUUAGUUGAUUUCAUUAUUUUUAAAUGCAAAAUUAUUUCAUCCCUUUUGAAUUAAUUUGUUUUUUAGUGCAGAAAAUUUAUUACUGUUGAAAAAUUUGUUCUUUUUUUUAAUAAAUAUUGAAGAUGCUAGAAAUUUCCUAAUCUUAUAGUAAGAAGAGAAUCAUAUUAGAUGUUACAUUUUGAAAUCUUAGUUUGUAUCAAUUUUGUCCCCAAAUUUUGUGUAAAUGAGAUAGCUUAUGAUGCGCGCAAGUGUUCUAAGACUUGCGUGUCAGUGUGUCACUUAACUUAUAUGCAGAUCAUGAUAAGCGCUUAUGUAUAAGCUUACAUAAGCUAUUUUAUAGCAAAAGAUAAAAUAAAGGUAAAUUGUUUUUAUAUAUGCUAUGAGCUGUUUUCGUAAGCUAUUUUAGAGAACUUAUAAGCUGACAAACUUAUGAAAAUUGUCAUAAGCUGUUUUCUUAAGUUCUCCCAACCAGUCUCACAAAAAUUAUGUCAUUAGAUAAGCUCGAAUAAGGCAAUCCAAAUUGGCCCGUGGUACAUCAUUGCUUAACCGAGUGAAACUAACGGUGGGAAUUAGAAAAAUUUGAUCAAUUUUUGAUAAAAUGAGGGACUGCUUUGAUACGAUUAAUGUCCAACAUGAAAGAGUGUUUAAAUGACAAUGUUUUUAUUUGUAAAAAUUUGUUGGUAGAUUUUAUCAAGCAUGGAGGCGCCUACUGUUGAUGUGGACCUUUCGCCGGAGAGGAUUGAAAAUGAGAAAGAGGGAGGUCCGAUGUUUCAUUGUGAUUUGCAUGAUACAGAAGUAGUUCACAAGCUGGCUCAAAUGUUCCUGCCAGGUUUAGCCUCGGCUUGUGUUGAUCAUACAACUGGAGCUCCCUUCAACACUCCCGGUUCAGUUGCUGAUGAUAUGAGGAAAGAAAUGAAAGAUUACCUUACACAGAGAAGUGAAUCGUUUGUUGCUGAGUCUGUUAUCUUAGAUGAUGGUGCGGAUGGUGAAGUCUCGGAUCAUCCUUUCGAUAUUAUUUCUUGUUUUGUUGACGACUUUGUGGAUUCGAAGAGGAAUUUGUUGAGUCAGGUUUCAGGAUGGCUGCUAAGCGAUAAGAGAGAAGACAAAAUAGAUGAUUUUGUUCAGGAGAUGGAAACGAAUGGUUUUUGGUUGUUAGAUAAAAGACAAAAAGUUGCCGAAAAUUUGCUUAAGAAUGUUGACUUCAAGAACUUGUUUCAUUGCAGCGCGAGUUUUAUUAACGCAGAAGAUCUUGACAACCAUUUUGAUAAUUGCAACUUUAGAGCUGUGGUCUGCAAUAAUGUGGGUUGCAAUGCUAGGUUUAGUGCAGUUCAUUUGAAAGAGCAUGAUGAGCAUUGUCCUUUUAAGAUAAUUCCAUGUGAGCAGAAAUGUACAGAUAACAUUAUGAGACGUGAUAUGGAUAGGCACUGCAUAACUGUUUGUCCGAUGAAGCUUGUGAAUUGUCCUUUCUAUGCAGUCGGCUGUCGAUCAGCUAUUGCACAAUGUAUGGUCGGAAAACAUUGCUCAGAUGAUCUUCAAUCUCACUUAUUGCACUUACUUAAAGGGAUUCACAAGGAUGCAUCUGGUGGAGAUCUUAAUCGACGAGUAGAGCUAAUUGUACAGGCAUCAUCGAGCAAUAGGUUAGCAGAAGCUCGCGAUUUGAGAGCUCUAAAAUCUAUUGUCAGAGAUAUUGAAGCUAAACUAGGGCCUUUGGAAGUCAGUGUCAUAGAGAAAACUAGUGCAAAAACAGUUGCCAAGAAUGAAGAUGCUGAAGACAUAGACACCAAAACCAAGGGCGAUGCACAAGCUUUAACUUCAUCAGAUAAAGCUGAAGAGAGUGCUACAUCGAAUAAGAAUGGUGCAGAUAAUGCUGUGAACAAUGAAGAAGAUAAUGAGCAUAAGGAAAAUGGAAAAGAUGAUAGUGCAAAGAAUGAGUGAGGAACAAGGAUAUUGGAAAUGAUAACUUGUAGGAAGACAUACAAAUUCUUAGUUGAGAAGUUUUGUGAUAUGUUCAGUUUCUUAAUCUUGGUGAGAUAUAUUUAUUCUUUUAUUUGUUAAGCUUCUGCAUCAUUCAUAUUAGUAUCUCUUUUUUGCUCUCUCC